GAAGUGUGUUUCAAUACAGAUAUUGCAGAGAGUUCGAAGAUGGGUAUUUUAGAUUAUUGCUCUGAUCGUAUUGAUUUUUCUCGCACUCACAGUAGUAAGAAGCUCAAAAAACGCAAGCAAUUUCAGACGGUGGAGAUAAGGGUGAAGAUUGAUUGUGAAGGGUGCAAGAAGAAGGUGAGGAAAUCAGUGGAAGGCAUGAAAGGGGUGACACAAGUGACGGUGGAGCCGAAGCAGCACAAGCUUACUGUGAUUGGAUACGUGAACCCAAACAAGGUCUUGAAACGUGUCAGGCAUCGGACGGGGAAGAAAGCUGAGAUGUGGCCUUACGUGCCGUACGAUGUGGUGGCGCACCCUUACGCGCCUGGGGUGUACGACAGGAAAGCCCCGCCUGGCUUCGUGCGAAACGUGGAUCCUCAGGCUUCUGGCCUCGCACGUGCCAGCUCUACUGAAGUGAAGUUUACUACUGCGUUCAGUGAUGACAACCCCAAUGCUUGUGUAGUCAUGUAACCCUACCUAGGUAUAUAAUAUACAUAUAUAUAUAUAUAUAUAUAUAUUGUGUAUAGGGCUUGUUAUUUGUCUUGUUUAAUUGUAUAUUCAUAGGUAGGUAGAUAUGUGUGUACUAGUGUAUAUAAUACAAUAUGUGGGUUUGUGAUGUUAACAUAUGCUUCAGAUCUUGGACCUAUAGGUUUAUAAUUCUAUUUAUUUUUAAAAUCUUGCAAGUGCU